UCGAGGCUUGUCUGGUUAUGGACCACUUGCGUGAUAAGACCUACUCAUGUUGGAUGUCGUAAUCCCGAAUGUAACGCUAUCUGCCAAUAAUAGGGAGGGAUACUAUAGAUACCACCCGGAACAAAGCAUCUACCCUACCUAAGCAGUUAAGAGAAUCUCGAAGUAGUUGGCGUGUCUGUUUUAAUGAUUAAGGGUAGGCUUAAGUAUGGAUUUGGCUAUACCGAAUGCUCAUCCCUUGUCGACGGUUAUAGUGGAUCUUCGAAUGAUACGUUAUGGCAAAAUGGACACGUCCAGAAAUAUUCCUCCAUUUAUUCUUCUAGUUUGAGCCUCAUCUUGUUCUUGACUAAUCGUCUAGAAAGGCUUGUAACACCCAAGUACCGCUCUGUCUACAACAAUGGGGACAUCUUCAACGUCAGGAGCCAACGACGAAAAGUCGACAACUUCCCCUGACGAAGUUGCAUUGGGGAGAGGAGAAACUGUUCUCGCGAGUAACGGGAAUAUCAUCGACGAUGGCUUACAGCGCGGUCUGAAAAAUCGCCACCUACAAAUGAUCGCCUUCGGUGGCGUAGUAGGAGCUAGUAUAUGGUACGGGUCCGGCUCAGCGAUCUCCUACAGCGGACCCGUCGGCGCUUUGGUAUGCUUUCUCAUCAUCGGUAUUGACGUCUUCUUCGUCAUGCAGAGCCUAGGCGAGAUGGCGACGCUCUUCCCCAUCCAAGGCGCUUUCAUUGAGCUCGCUGGCCGAUUUGUCGACCCGGCACUAGCGUUCGCGCUUGGGGUUAAUUAUUGGUAUGCCUGGGUGACAAAUAUCGCCAAUGACUAUAACAAUAUCUCGCUCAUUAUGGGGCUUUGGACCGAUGCGGUACCGCCGUACGCUUGGAUACUGAUCUUUUGGGUUGGUUUUCAGUGUACCUCGCUCCUGGGCAUUGUUGUUUACGGCGAGAUGGAGUUCUGGCUCGCAUGUUGGAAGCUUAUCUGCGUCGUCGGUGGUUUCCUCGUCGCUAUUCUUGUCAACACGGGAGCUAUCGGUGGCGAGUACAUUGGAUUCAGAUAUUGGAGGGACCCCGGGGCGAUCGCAAACGGGAUCAACGGUUUCGGAAAGACUUUUGUCUUAGCCGCAGUUUAUUACAGCGGCACUGAGAUGCUGGCUCUGACCGCUGCCGAGAGCCGCAAUCCGAAGAGGGACUUGCCUAAGGCGAUCCGACAGACUUUUUGGCGCAUAUUAAUCAUUUUCCUGGGUUUGAUCUUCUUUGCAGGAAUCAUCGUGCCGUACAAUGAUAGUUCGCUUUUAACGGCGACUAGCAAGUCCGCACAGUCCCCUUGGACGGUUGCUCUCGUGCAUGCCGGUUGGGCGGGCGGCGGGAAUCUAGUAAAUGUCGUUAUGAUUACCGCGCAGCUAUCUUCUGUCAAUAGCGCCAUCUAUGUCGCCUCACGGAGCCUUGUAGCGCUUGCGGUCAACGGUCGUGCACCCGCCUUCUUCGCCCGGACGACAGCUAAUGGGGUACCGGCUAACGCUAUCAUCUUCUCAAACGUGCUCGGUCUCCUGGCCUUGCUGAACAUCGCUGCUACUCCUGGAAAAGUGUUCAGUUAUCUAAUUAGUAUUUCUGGAGCUGCCACUUUCAUCGCGUGGGCCUUCAUAGGCGUCACGCACCUAAGACUACGCCAGGCCUGGGUGUUACAAGGCCACAGCAUCGACGAGCUACCUUAUCGGGCUUUCCUAUAUCCGUAUGGUGCUUGGUUCGUUGUCCUACUGAAUCUGUUUCUUGUUUUCAUCUCCGGGUACGAGGUCUUCGUCGGGGGCUUCGCAGCGGUAGAUUUCGUCUUCUCGUACGUCGUGAUCGCGAUAUUCACGGUUUUGUACUUCGGUUGGAAGUUAGUGAAGAAGACCAAGAUCAUUCGAUUAGCUGAGGCGGAUCUCGUGAGUGGUAGAAGAGACUACUUGGUUCCGGAGGGGGAGAAUGUUUUGGAGAAGCCGGGGGUUGCGUGGUAUGUUGUGAUCAAGAGGUUCAUCUUUAGUUAAAGGUCUGAAAUCAGUGCGACUAACAGCUGGAAAUUGUUGUCUUUAUACCGCAACCUAAUGAGUGGCUAAAUCGAUUCAUCAUAUCGCCAAUGCAAUCAGUGAACAAGAAGAUAACCACGAAGUCUAUAAUGAUACCAACUAUUAUAGACGAUGAUGACGGUAAGCGCCCGUUACGCUGCAACUUGCUUGACAAAAAAAUGCAUUCAAUAUUCUCACGUAGUAUCCUCUCAAUGUUAUUCUAUCCCCCCUGGAUGGCAUAAAGUAGUAACUAUCCCUUGGCAUGUCUUGGGAUAUUACUGAUACUCAUGUCUAUUAACAGUCGGACAACAUCAUCAUGUUGCCACUUGAUU